AUGCUGUCCGCUUUGGACUCUUUUGGUGCAGGAUGUUUGAUUCUUGGAGGGGAUUUCAACCUUACUUUGCAACCUAGGUUGGACUCGUCCAAGGGAACAUCUUCACUCCCGUAUUCCGCCAUCAAUUUGACACAUAAGGCUCUUCGACGAACCCAACUGAUUGAUACUUGGAGAUAUCUGUAUCCCAAGGAUCGUAAAGAUGAUACUAAUUGUAGUAGCUAUCGUCCCAUCUCUCUCCUCAAUCAAGAUUUGAAAUUGUUCACCAAAAUUCUGGCCCAGCGUUUACGACCAAUUCUCCCUAUGAUUGUCCAUCGAGAUCAGGUAGGCUUUGUUUUCAAUCGAGAAGCCAAGGAAAACACUUAUAAAGUUCUCAAUUGGAUUGAAUGGCUUCGAGUGCAAGGCAGGCCUUCUCUGCUUCUCUCGACAGAUGCAGAGAAGGCCUUUGAUAGAGAUCUGUUUUUGUUGCCCUUUUCAGUCCUACAGGCCCUACAGGCUGAUCUGAGGGAAAAGUUAUUUGGGCAGCACUUGGCUCAGGAGGUGAUAUAUCGAGCUGUGUCUGGUUUAAUGAGCAACAAGGAUCCUAAGAAGCCACUGGUCCUGUCUCUGCACGGAUGGACGGGAACCGGCAAGAGCUUUCUCAGCAAAAUCAUUGCAGAUAAUAUAUACAAGCUUGAUGCAAAGAGUAAAUGUGUCCAUCUCUUUAGUGCUACUGAUUUCCUUCAUGAGCACCUGGUUCCACAGUACAAUGAGCAACUGAGGUCGUGGAUCCGUGGUAAUGUCCAUCAGUGUCCACCCUCCUUAUUUAUAUUUGAUCAGAUGGACAAGAUGCAUCCGGAGCUUAUAGAUGUCCUCAAACCCUUCCUGGAUACGAAUGACUGGUUAAAUAUUAGGCAUUCUAUCUUUAUUUUCCUCAGCAAUGCCGGAGGGGAACUGAUUACCCCCAAGGUGCUGGAGUUUUGGCAGGCAGGGAAGAACAGGGAGGAUCUUCAGUUAAAGGACUUGGAGGAUGCACUGUCUGUUGGGGAAUUUUACAACCAAAGCAGUAUAUUUUGGCACAGCAGCCUCAUCAACUUCAUCGAUUUCUUCGUUCCCUUUCUGCCGCUGCAGUUCAGGCAUAUAAAGAAGUGCGUCAUCACAGAAAUUCAGCGCCGAGGCAAGCCAAUAGAUACGGAACUGGCAGGGAAAGUGGCUAAGGAUAUGACUUACUUCCCAGACGAUAAGAGUGUGUUGUCUGUUAAAGGGUGUCAUACGGUACCUGCCAAAUUAGACUUUUAUCUCUGACUUCUAUCAGAGGAUAAUGCCAUAGGUCUGCCUUAAAGUGAUACUGACAUGUUCCUA